AUGUUUAGAUCCUGUCUACGAAUCCCAGCUGCUGCCUCCAGAACUUUGGCUUCCACUUCAGCUACCCUCACCAAAUCAGCUUUGGUAACCCCUAGAACUAACUUGCUAUCAUCUGUCAUCCGUUCUAAUGGUUCUAGUGUCAAUUGGUGUGCCUUCUACACUACAAACAAUAGCCCCACUUUGGACAAGUCUGUUGUAUUGACUCGUGUUUCUAAUAUCAUUACCAACUUCAAUUCUCAAUUGAAGGACAAGACAGUCACUAAUGAAACUCAAUUUGCCAAGGAUCUUUCUUUAGAUUCUUUGGAUACUGUUGAAUUAUUAGUUGCUAUUGAAGAAGAAUUUGAUAUCGAAAUCCCAGAUAACGUCGCUGAUGAUUUGAAAUCUGUCGGUCAAACCGUCGAUUACAUCAUUUCAAAUCCAGAAGCUCAUUAA